AUGGCUAUUAAAACUUUAGGAUCCCUCGUGGCUAGUAGAAGUUUUAGUAAAGUUUAUACCACGCAUUUGCUGAGUUCCCAUGCCACUUGUCCAUUAUUGGAAUAUCUCCAUCAGGAAUUCAUUUCAAAGAAUCAACAGCUUAAAGAUCUUAUCAAACAAAAACAGUGGUUAAUUCAUCAUGUAGCCACCCAUACCGGGCUUCCUCCCACUAUAGAUAGCCUCUUUGAAGUGCAGGAUCCUCUGUUUUGUGAGAGCCAACACAACAUGAUCAAUACUACAUCUGGUUGGUUGGCUGUUAAUGGAACAUUCCAUGACAUCAUGGCACUGAGAGAUUUGCCAAACAGCCUGCUAUAUCCUACCCCUCAAAUGGCGCGACUACGGUCUGGUGUUCUUCUUACAGAGAUUGUGUCCAAUAUGAAAGCCAAAAUAAAUAAAUCACUGGACACAGAUUUAGUUCUUUAUUCUGCUCAUGAUGACACAAUAGUUGGGUUGUUAUCGGCUUUGAAGUACUUCAGGUACCCAGAAUUCCCUGCCGUACAGCCUCAGUAUUCAACGUCCAUUGCCAUAGAACUCCAUGAAAAAGGCCCUUCUAACUUUGUUGUAAAUGUUUACCUCAGAAAUGAAACCAACUCUCCAAAUCUUCGUCUCUUUCCUGUCCCCAUUAAAGGAUGCAAAGAUAGCUGCCCCUCUUCUCUCUUUACCAGUUUACUAUUGGACAUGUUGGUCAAAGAUAUCGAAACAGAAUGCCAAUUAGCAAAGCCUAGGUCCAAAGAAAGACAGGCUUCAGGGGACUCCUUUACGGGGGUUGCUGUUUUGGGAGCACUGACAGGACUCUUCCUGGUUAUUUUGGUUGGAGCCUACUGGAUUUACUGUAAACAAAAAAAUAAUACUACAUACCAGCUUAUACCACUGACGGAGGAGCCCUGAAGAAGGACAAACUACUAAGAAUAUUGAGGAAGUGUUCAUGGAUCCAUCGUUGACCAGCAAAUUUAUUGUUUACAAAUUGCAAAGGUUUUAACUACUCGGGACAUAAGAAAAUAUUGUCUAACUAAAAUCAUGUGAACCUUUCACAGUU